AUGCAGAAUUAUUCUUUUUUUACAUUUAUUUUAUACAGAAACAAGGGUUCAAGGUGUUCGACUAAUUAUUGGUAUAAAGAGGACAGUAAUGAAUGUGUUGCGUGCAAUCAAGGAUAUUUUGGUAACAACUGUACAGAGCUGUGUCCAUUUCCAUUUUACGGAGUAGUUUGUGUUAAAAAAUGCAACUGCUCUGUAGACGACUGCCACUACGCUACAGGAUGCCCAGUGCUACAAAUUGAAACUAAUGGGACAACGUCUCCCAGUGAGAAACGUGACACUUUUAACCGGAAACGUCUAAAUCUUCGCAUAGGUGUGUUUGUCUACGGUGGUAUUCUUAUUGUUUUUGUUCUGCUCUUUCUUUUGAUUGAAUUGCGUCGAAGGACAAGACAAAGUGUCGUUGAACAACAAAUAUUUACUGAAAAUGCACCAGCGUAUGAGUAAAUUCAAAUCAAUGAAGAGCAUCCGUGUUAAAAUAUAAUGUGACCCAUGCAGAAAAUAGCAAGAAAGGAAUUAGAGAAUUUGUUAAUAAUGAUACGCGAAAUUUCGAGAAAAAGGAGGUUAAA